AUGCUGGCGGCCGUUGAGAACACGCCAGUUAAAGCCACAGCGAAGCACCGGUGUGGACUGCCAGGUAGGCAGACGCCAACAGCGACAGUGGCAAGCGUGGGCGCGGUUGGGGGCUGCUGCCCCGCGCGCUCACUCCUUGGGGAGGCUGUUUCUUCUGGUUCUAGCAAGCUCCCGUGCACCACGGAGCGACCCCUCAGCCCAGCGCUCGGGCUCAGCGCGCGGCUGGAGCCGGCCCCGGGGUCACCCGAGCCUGAUGCAGCGGCCGCGGUGGCCCGAGUCCUCAGCAGGACAGCGGACCCCAGAGCAGCGACAGCAGCCCCGCCUCGCGGGCCGACCGCGGAGGGGCGCGCUCCCCGGUGUCCCGAGCGGGCGCGCGAAGGAAGGGCCGGGCCGGAGGCGGAGGCGGAGGAAGAGGCGGCUCGGGCUGGGAGAGGGGCUGUGCGCGCGGAGCGGUGCAGGCGAGCGCCCCAGGCCCUGCCAGCUGCCGGCCGCGAGCUCUUCCCAGCAGCGCCCCAGGAGGGCGACGCGGGGCUCACGCGCCCGCCGUCGGGCCCCGCCUGCGACCGCGCCGCGGGGGGCGUGUGCGGGGCCCGGCCCAGCCAGCAGGGGGCGCCCGGCCCGCCUCACGCGCGGUAG